AUGGCCGCUGGUCACUUACGUCUCGUACUUCUACAGUGUUCGUUGUGUGUUCGCUAUGUAUGCAAAUUACUGCAGCUUGCAGGAGAUGUAGAACAAAAUCCAGGCCCUCUGACUUCCGAGCAAGAACAACAAAUGUUUAAUGCCGUCAUGGCAAUUCCUAUGGUGCUACAAAAACAGACAGAGAUUCUUGGGGAACUUCGUUCUGUAGCGAAACAUGACAUGGAAAAUAGAUCUAGAAGAAAUAACCUGAUCUUUUUUGGCUUCCAAGAUGCAGCCACCGAAACUUGGCAAGAUUCAGAGACUAAGGUUCUUGACUUUUGUAAGGAAAAAUUAAACGUUUCUAUUUCAGCUGAUUCGGUUGAGAGGGCUCACAGGCUCGGUCGUUACACGUCAACAAAAAAGAGACCUAUCAUUGUUAAGUUUCUUUCAUUUAAAGACAAGCAACGCAUUCUCUUAGUUGCGUCAAGGCUGAAAGGUACAAAUUUUGCUAUUAGUGAGGACUAUAGCAACAAAGUUCGACAAGAGAGGCAAAAAUUAAUUCAUUUCGCGAAAAACAAGGGAGGGGACUUCAGGCUACAGUAUAACAAACUAAGAAUUGGCAAGGAAACUUUCAUUUAUAAUGCUGAAACCGACAACGUGGACAAGAUUAAUACGUAGCAACUCAAAAAGCUUGUCUCAUUUGCUAGACAACCAGCCGGCACGGAAGAAAUUGUGUGUAUUGUUGUAAACUGUCGCAGCCUAAAAAAUAAGACUAUUGAAUUUGCCACCCUCGUAGAAACGACAAAGCCACAUGUAGUACUUGGAUCUGAAUCUUGGUUAGACGACACAAUAAAUGGCAAUGAAGUUUUUCCAACCUGCUACACUGUCUACAGGAGGGACAGAAAUGCGCAUGGGGGAGGCGUUUUUGUUCUCGUUCGCAAUACAAUAUCUAGCUCCCUGGUUGACGUUGAAACAAACUCAACUGAAUUUGUUGGGUGCAAAGUACUCUUGAAGAAUGGCUUGUCUGUGGCAUUCGGUUCUUUCUACAGACCACCCAAUUCAAGAAGCCCGCAGCCCCUUUU